AGCUCCGCCCUCCCUGCCGGCAGCGUGGGCUGCGGGGCCUGAGACCCGGGGAUGGCGGCGUUGGCUGCGCGCGCGGGUGGGCUUCUGCGGCUCCGAGCUGCGGGAGCGGAGCGGCGGUGGUGCGGACCGCGCUGCGCUGGGCUGGUGCAAGGCUUCCUGCAACCCGGAGGCGAGGACGCGGCCCAGAAGCGGCGGGUGGCCCACUUCACCUUCCAGCCGGACCCGGAGUCCCUGCAGUAUGGGCAAACUCAGAAAAUGAACCUCUUUCAGUCAAUAACAAGUGCCUUGGAUAACUCAUUGGCCAAAGACCCUACUGCAGUAAUAUUUGGUGAAGAUGUUGCCUUUGGUGGAGUCUUCCGAUGCACUGUUGGUUUACGAGACAAAUAUGGAAAAGAUAGAGUGUUUAACACCCCGUUGUGUGAACAAGGAAUUGUUGGAUUUGGGAUCGGAAUCGCAGUCACUGGUGCUACUGCCAUUGCGGAAAUCCAGUUUGCCGACUACAUUUUCCCCGCCUUUGAUCAGAUUGUCAAUGAAGCUGCCAAGUACCGCUAUCGCUCUGGUGAUCUUUUCAACUGUGGGAGCCUCACCAUCCGAGCCCCAUGGGGCUGUGUGGGCCACGGGGCUCUCUACCAUUCUCAGAGUCCUGAAGCCUUUUUUGCCCAUUGCCCAGGAAUCAAGGUGGUUAUACCCAGAAGCCCUUUCCAGGCCAAGGGACUACUGUUGUCAUGCAUAGAAGAUAAAAAUCCAUGUAUAUUUUUUGAACCUAAAAUACUUUACAGGGCAGCAGUGGAACAGGUCCCAAUAGAACCCUACAAGAUCCCCCUGUCUCAGGCUGAAGUCAUCCAAGAGGGCAGUGAUGUGACUCUGGUUGCCUGGGGCACUCAGGUUCAUGUCAUCCGGGAGGUGGCUUCCAUGGCACAAGAAAAGCUUGGAGUGUCCUGUGAAAUCAUCGAUCUGCGGACGAUCGCGCCUUGGGAUGUGGAUACAGUUUGCAAGUCUGUGAUCAAGACGGGGCGACUGCUGAUCAGUCACGAGGCUCCCUUGACAGGCGGCUUUGCAUCCGAGAUCAGCUCUACUGUCCAGGAGGAAUGUUUCUUGAACUUAGAGGCUCCGAUAUCUCGAGUAUGUGGAUAUGACACCCCGUUUCCUCACAUCUUUGAGCCGUUUUAUAUCCCGGACAAAUGGAAGUGCUAUGAUGCUCUUCGCAAGAUGAUCAACUAUUGACCACAGAGAAAACCUGGAAGAUUAUGACUAGAUGUGGACUAUUUUUCUGAAAUUUUUUAAUAUUCCUUAGACUUCUUUCUGCUUAUAUAUAAUUUUAUGAAAUGAACGAUCAUAGAUAUUGGCCGAGGAGCUGCAAACUACUGAUUGUGUUCAUAGAAGUGGAUUGAGGAUUUGAAUGAGUUAAGAGUGACAUUUGCAAGAGCUCCAUGCGUGGUGGCCUUAUGAUUGCUUCACAGCUACAAAUACUGAGUGGUGUUCCAUUCAAUAAAGCAAAGUCACAUCGCCUUAA